UUUUGAUAACAAGUCGUUAGAAGUCGAUUUCUUUGAUCGGAACGUGUCUUUUCUCAAGCUGUGACACGUAACACUAUAAUUCUGUCAGCGUACUUAUCCCAUUUUGGACUCACUUCUGUCUGAAAAGUCAUCCCCCAAACAGUGUUCUAUAAACAUGACAAACAGCGGAAAGUUUCUAAUAUUGCUAAGUUUGGUGACGAUUUAUCUCCAAGUGAAGUCACAAGAUGAUCAGCGCCCUCUACGUCUUAUUAGUAACACUGAGUGUGAUAGGUAUAACCUGGAUGCCCUAUACCAUGAACGAUAUAAAGUAAUAACUAAGGACAUUUUGACUGAGAUGAAAAUAUUUGUCGAACGGAUGACUGAUCGGAUGUUCCUAAGCCUACAAGAUGUGUUGUUACAGCUCCCAGGACGAGAAUCUUCAGACAAGGCAGAGGAGAGGAUGUAUCGCGUCUUUGAGGAAAGCAAAAAAAUAUUUGCGAAAAAGAUGGAUAAGAUUGAAGAUAACACGACAAAGGCAUGGGAAGCACUCCUAGACAUGAACUACAAGUUCAUCACCGCCCAAGAGGAGGGUAUACCGGAGCUACUAAUUGAAAAGGUUGCCCAAUUAGAAGAAGCGUAUAAUGCAGCAAGACAAGUCUUAGACACGCAGUUGCAGGCAGUGAUCUCUCCAGUGAAGGUUUUAAUCAUAAACAGCUUGAACGGUGUAGAGCAGGUCUUAAUUCGAAAGAAGUCAGAACAAGAUAGUCAUCAUCAUCACCAGCAUCGUAAUCAUGGAGACGACGAAGCAGAUUCUUUGGAAGAAAAUGAACAACAUUCAGGGACAAAAGAAAAUGUAGAACAGGAACAGGCAGAGUCCCUCGAUGGUUCUAAUUCUUCGUCUUCCCCUGUCACGCUAAACGAUGAAGAGGAAGUUAAGGUACACGAAGACGAAGGAGAUAAACAGGACAAAGAGGAGAAAGAAGAUAAGGAAGAGGAAAGUGAUAUCGAAAAGAAGAAGAAAAUAAUCCGUGAUAUUGUUCCCGGAUUUUUGGGAACAGUGUCAGAAUUGAUUACUGAGAGAAAUGUUGAUUUAACUAAACACCAGCCUCAGGACGAAAGGGAUUCGCCGUUUGAUGAAAUCGUUUUUGCUAUUGUUAUUAUGGCCCAGCGAGUGAAAGGUUUGUUGCAGCCUGAGGACCUAAGUAGUGACGAGACUUUUGACCUAGCUAGACGUAACCUGUUACUGACAUGGGCGCAGACAGCCAAGACUAUGUACAGUGACAAGAUUAAGAAAAUAAAGGAAAAUAAAGUACCUAAGGAGCCUGCCGCAGAAUAUUUUCAGAAAAAAUGGACUAAAGAUGACGCUUUAGCGGAGAGUCUAUUAAUAUUCUUAGAAAUGUUCCCAUAAGAUUGGACACUUAUGAAGUUGGAUAUUGUCCUAGUACGGUUCAAAAGAAUUAUUGAAGUUUCUUACGUUGUGGAUCACGUGACAGAAGGGAACCUAUCGCCCCUGCCGUUAAAUACAGUAUAGAGUAUAUUGUUUGUUUAAGUACAUAUAGUUUCAAAUACAUCAAUAAAUAUCAAGUUUUUUAUACUAAAAACUGA